UUCGGCGGCACAUCGAAAGUGACCGUCGGUUCACUCUCACUAUCGUUGUUGCGCUCCCAAGUCGUACACACACGCGAACGAAUCAGAUAUAUGUAGGUACCAGCUCACAUGCACACAGUUUAUUAUUUUGAUUAUAAUUAUUACUAUCCAUAUUAUCCGAUAUCGAAGUGUACGUCGUCGUACAUUUUUCUAAAACUAUAAAGCAAUAAUAACAAUAUAAUUAACACGGUUUUUCAAAUCUCGUCUCUCUAAUUUUUCCAUCUUUUUGAAAAAAAAAAAAAUCUUUUGCCAGUGGAUUUGACAAAAUAUCAGAUGGAAGUCAUGAAGUACGCGGUGCUUCUUCUGUGCACCGCCGCCGUCAUCUACACGCCCGCCUCUUCGACCGACACGAACGGCCGGACCAGGAGGCAGAGUUUCAUAGAUUUUUUGCCGUGGAAUUCAAGGAUCGGUACAGCCGACUCUCCAGCCGCCGCCGCCACCGCCGGUGGCACGAUGGUCACUGGCGCCCAGAGCGUGGCCCAGCAAAACGUGGCCGACGUCUGCCUGACCAGCAUACCUUGCAACCCUCGAGCUCGGUACAGGAGCUUCGACGGCAGUUGCAACAACUUACAGCAACCCGGAUGGGGCUCGGUCAACACUGCGUUGGUCCGACUGUUACCAGCCGCUUACCAAGACGGUAAGUAGACGCGUUAUACGUCCCGUCACAGACUAUACUAUUGAUAUGACACGACAAUGAUAUAAUGAUAAUAAUAAUAUUUUGUCAUAAUAAAUUAAUUGUUACGCGUAUAGUCGUGAUAUGGUACGCCUAUACUCAUUGUACUGAAUACUUAAAACCACCUAUCACACUUUUAACAUCAAUCGACUACACCCAAAUGUUCUUUUUCGAUUUAAAUUGAUACAAAUUCAGAAUCAACAGUCAUUAUUUUUCAGCUUCUAUAUAUUUUACCUUUAAAACCAUUUUAUUUGAUUAACUUUCUACUAUAAUGGCGCUUGUUUCACUUCUUACAUAUUAUAUUAUAUUAAACGGUAAUCAAACCAAUUUUAAAUUCACAACUUUUCGUGGUAUAAGCUACCAGUCGGUAACGGUACGUACUGCAUAUACAUAAUAAUAUAGAUGUACGUUCGAACAUUUAGAUGACAUAACUACUAUAAUAUUAUGUACCUAUUAAUUAUAAAACACGUUUUAGACAAUAUUUAUAUAGAUCUGAAACGGGUCUGCUCUUAUUUUCAUGUACCUAUAAAUAAUUAUAGACCGAAUCGGUUUCGCCAAGGUUAUGUACUUAUGUAAUUACCUAUAUGUAACUAUAUCAAAAAUAUAAAUCGAUACACUGGUAAAUAGUGCGCUGUAAUUACUUUAAAACGGUAUUUCAAUAUAAGGUGUUCAUUUAGCGAUUACUGCGCGUCAAAAAAUCAUUUCAAAUACGUUAUGUUAUUACCGUUUAUUAUUGUCGUCGUACGGUUUAGUUCGAUGGAAACAAGGUGAACCUCUUGAUCGUUAAAAUUUAAUUUUUUGUAUGUUACUGCAAAAGCAAGACUCGCGAUAUCAUUAUAUAAUAUGUCCAGUGAAUUUUCUAUUUUUACAAAUCCGAAAUGACAAAUAUGAAAUAAAGAUUACCUACCUAUUUGAUUUACACUUAGGGCGUACAAGGUACAACUGACAUUAUGUUGUGAAAUGUAUAAAACGUAUUACAUAUUAUUAUAUAGACUACGCGGGUGUA